GUGCCUUUUGUAACUUCCGGAAGCUGCAUAGGCACUCCCUACUCUCUCUGGAACGGAACGGCGUCUUCCCUGUGACCCUGUCCGCGCUGUGCUACCGCCGGCUACCGCGACCACCGUCCCCUCCGCUCCCCUCCCCGGCGCCCCGCAGCGAGCUCGUCAGCCUCUCGCCAUGGAGACCUGCCCGUCGGUGAAGAACAUCCUCUUGCUGGACUCCGAGGGAAAGCGCGUCGCCGUGAAGUACUACAGCGAUGACUGGCCCACGCUGUCCGCGAAGCUGGCCUUCGAGAAGUCUGUCUUCGCGAAAACCCAGAAAGCGAAUGCUGGAACGGAAGCUGAGAUUGUAAUGUUUGACGGUCAAAUUGUGGUAUAUAAGUUCAUCCAAGACCUACACUUUUUUGUUACUGGAGGAGAAGAGGAGAAUGAGCUUAUUUUAGCAUCAGUUCUUCAGGGUUUCUCUGAUGCUGUUGACCGACUUCUCAAAAACAUGGUUGACAAAAGAACAGCACUCGAGAAUUUGGACCUGAUCCUAUUAUGUCUUGAUGAAAUUGUUGAUGGAGGGAUUGUUCUUGAAACAGAAGGGAGAGAGAUAGCUGAGAAGGUGACAGGUCAUGGAUUGGAGAGUGCUUCAUCCGCUGAGCAGACCUUACUCAAUGCCCUAACGCAAGCAAGAGAGCACUUGGCAAAGUCUCUUAUGUGAUGUUAUUGCUUUCUAUUUGGGGGGUGAAGAUGGUGUAUCAUCCUAUAGUUAUGUUUAAGGAUAUAAUACAUUCUUUUAGCAUUUGAGAAUGAAAUUUUCUUAAGUCUAUUGAUGUGUAAAAUGGUAACAUUCUCUGGCCGUUCAGUUUUGCAAGCCUUCGAAGUUUGUGUAACGUGAUUGCUCCAAUUAUGGCUGGUUCAGUUCCUGGUCGUUUAGUUUAA